AUGGAACAUGAUCUCCCACCGCCAUACGACGCUCAUGAUCCCUUAGUAAGCACAGGAAUCUCGGAGCGGGGGUCAAAUCCAACGGACCACGACGUCUUUCAUAUAUUCUGUGAAACCAAUCGCGAUUAUCAGGUCCAUUCAGACAGACAUCCCAGGCUUUACGUCCGCGCUCACAGAUGGAACUUCACCAAGCCGAAUCUAGUUAUCUAUCUGUGCGGUCAAGAGCUCGAUCGGGAACUGUGCCACUGCGAGUUCAGAGAGAAAACUGGUCAAUGCGACAUCGGCAUUUUGAAAAGCCCCAGUGGCGAAAGCUCUACCAUGUGGUGGUCGGAUACAGACCGCAAGAUUGCCAUUUCCAAACUGUACCGUUUCUCCGCAGUGGUGCGUGCUGGCCACGGAAACGACAGUGUGUACAAAACCUUCGUCUGGAAGCGUACGUCAAGGUUAGAGUUAGUGGAUGAAGCCACCAACAACGUGGCUGCUAUAGCCCCCGACGUGACGUUCGAUCAUCCUAAACUUGGAUCACUAGAAGUACUAGUGCCCUACGGUCUCGAUUUCAACCUCAUCGCUUUGACUACCUUUCUUUCGAUUUGUGAGAGGCUGAGGGACGAAGGAUCAUGA